UCUUUUUUGGCGAUUGGCGUUGACAUUUUAGGUUAUAUAUUAAAUCGGCUGAAGACUGAAGACCCCGAAUUUUGUUUUAUAAUAUUGAUAAUAACUAAAUCCACAUACAAUGGCUUCAAUAUCAGCAACAGAACAAAAAGGAAUGCAACAGAUUGAUCUCACUACACUGAACGUACAACAGCUAUCCCAACUAAAACACCAAUUGGACAAUGAAGUCAGCUUGUUUCAAGACUCUCUUGCGUCUUUGAAGGUAGCACAGGGCAAAUAUCAAACUUCAGGCGAGACACUGGAGAAAAUCACUGCCGAAACUGAGGGACAGGACAUUUUAGUACCUUUAACUGGAUCUAUGUAUGUUCCUGGUAAACUUCAUGACACACAAAAUGUUAUAAUCGAUAUUGGAACAAGAUAUUAUGUAGAAAAGGACAUUGAGGGAGCAAAAGACUAUUUUCAGCGAAAAGUCAAGUUUGUAACAGAACAAAUGGAAAAAGUUCAGUGGCUGGGCAUAGAGAAGAGCAAAAUAAGGGAAGCUGUUAUUGAAAUUGCUGAAAUGAAGAUGUCACAGCAGCAGCAACAACAGCCACAACAGAGCUGAAUCCUUAGAAGUAUUUAAUUUGAGUCUUUGUUAUUUAUUAUUUCACAAGAACUCUGUGCCUCAUUUCACUGCAGUUUGGUUUCGUUUUGUAUUUAGCUUCUUUAGUAAAAUGACAUAUUUAGAAAACAAUCAAUUUUAAUGAAAUCUUUAUUGCAUUGAAGGAUAUUCGUUAAUUUGUUUUUUUUUUUAUUGUCAAUGAUUCUAACAUGAUUAUUUUUUAAAAUAAAGAAAUUCUCAGUUUUGAUGUA